AUGUUAAGAGGAUCCAAUUCCAAGAGUUCCUCUUCUUCGAGCUCUGUGGGAAAAGAUAAUAGUGUGGGUUCCGGGUUGCUACACAAUUUGAAGAAAUUGACAAACUCCAGUUCUACCACAUCUCAAAACAAUGCGAUUAAUAAAUCAGAUAUUUCAAGUCCCAAGAGUCAACUACUCACAAAUAAGUUAUCCAUGGACGAUUUGAAACCUUUGAAUAAAAGAACGAGUCUGAAUAACCAGAAUUUAUCACAAUAUAUAAAUGGGAAACUACCGAAGUCUCAAUCAGAUUCUAGUCAUUUGGGUAAUGUCAAAUCUAACCAUAAAUAUGAAAUAAAUGAAAAUAUUCAAGAUGGAAGUAGUCCGAAUCAUAACAGGUCUGCUUCUGUUCAGUCUUCCGCAAAAUACUCUUACUCUAGACGUUCAUCAAAUUCAACAGCAGCAACAAGGCUUUCACGACAAUCAACUAAUUUCAGUGGUUCUACCCCAAGUGUGUUUUCACAAGGAUCAUAUGCGAACCUAUCAAAAUAUAUGGACUCUAACGGGAGAUUAAAUUUAGAUAUGCCAACUGAUACCCAUGAAAUCGAAUCGUUAUUCGAAGAAUUAAUGUAUAAGAGAAAUAUUUUACAGGCAUUAAGCCCUGAUAAACAACGUGAUAUAAUGAAUUAUGAUACUAAGAAAAAAUGGAUGAUUGUCAAACAAGAUUUACAGAAUGAGUUAAAGAGAAUAAAACUGAAAAACAAUAACAUAAAUAAUUCUGACACAACCAUAAUACCUUCAAGCAUGCCAUCUUCGAAUAUCUCAGAAAGAUCAUCCGUAAACACAAUGGAUAACAACCUGCGAACUAUUGAUACCAAUGCAUCAAAUCCUAGAAUUCAUAGAAAGGGACAAAAAAGUAUGUCAUCAUUAUCUAAUGCGACAACAACAGCACCAUCCGGAGUAAAUGCUGAGUAUUCCAAAAUUAGAUCAAUCUCUGAAUCGAGUGAUAAGACCAAUAUUGCACCUAUUCAUUACGUUAGAAAAAUUUUGUCUGAUACAUUAUCAAAGAAUGAAUUGAAUGAUUUAUGGGUUACAUUAAGAACAGAACAAUUAGACUGGGUAGAUGCAUUUUUGGAACAUCAGGGUCAUAUUGCAAUAGCAAAUAAUUUAAUAAGAUGUAUCUAUAAAACGGCACCUGGAUCAAAUUUAAGUGAUGAAUUAAUUGAAAAAGAAUACGGGUUUUUUAAAUGUUUCAGGGUGUUGGCAAUGUUAGAUCAGGGAUUGUACGAAUUUACAAAACACAAACUAAUGAUGGAUACCCUUGCAUUUGGUUUAUUCUCAACAAGAGUUUCGACAAGGAAAAUGGCAUUAGAAAUAUUGGUGUAUAUUAUUAACAAAAAAAAUACACAACGUUUUGAGUCUGUGAUCAUGUCAUUGGAUAGGUUCUUUAGAUUAUCAGAAAAUUUAAAUAUGCUCAAAAUCAUUACUCAAUUUGGUGGUGCUUUUUCACGUACUUCACCGGAUACUCAAUUCAAAAUAUUCCAAGCGUUUGUUAUAUCUUUGGAAAGUACAUUGAAUGGUAGGGGUAAAAUGGGUUCCAAGGUAGGUGCCUCAGAUGAUUUUAAAGUUUCAGGUGGUGAAAAUGCAAUUCUUGAAUAUUGUCUCUGGGCACUGAUUUUUAUUAAUAAACUAUGUAAUUUUUCAGAUGAAUUAAAUCAGAGAGUUGUCCUACGUACCAAAUUUGAAAACUUGGGUGGUUUGAGAGUAAUGACAAAAUUAAAAUUAAUGGAUUACGAAAAAAUGACUGUACAAGUUGAAAAUUAUGAAGAUCAUAAACUAGAUGAUUUUAAUUCCUUGUUAGAAAUGAAAAGUAGUAGUGCACAAAUUAACAUGCAAGAUCCUACCUCGUUGAUUGGAAGUUUAUGGGAAGUAUGUAAGGGAACUGAAAAUGAAAAAUUAUUAUUAUCUUUAAUGCAGCAUUUAUUCUUAUCAAGUUCAAAACUGGUAGAUGAUAAACGCGAGCCUGCUAAAUUAUCUAAACAAUUGAAAUUAAUGGAUUCACUAAUGACAAAUAUCACAGCAUCAGAAGUUGAUGAACAAACACACAUGAAUUUAGCAAUCCAACGUUUAUACGAUUCUAUGCAAACUGAUGAUGUCGCACGUAGAGCCAUUCUAGAAACUAGAACGCUAUCUAAAAAAUUAGAAGAAGUGACAGCUGAAAAAGAAUAUCUAAAAGAGAAGUUAAGCAAGGCCGAAAAUGGACUUGUUGGUCAACUCGAGUUGGAAUUAGAGCAAAGAGACAACAUUUUAACUAAAAGCCAAAGGGUAACUAAACAGCUUCAAGCGGAGCUUGAAGACCUUAAGAAAAAACAUUUAUUAGAAAAACAUGAGCAUGAGGUUGAAUUAAGGAAGAUAUUAACCAUUGUAAAUACAAAUACUGAUGCAGACGCUAGUUUAAAUAACUCUUCUGAUAAAAAACAUAAUAUACAGAAGGCCCUUGAAACAGAAUUAUCAAGAACUAAAAAAGAUCUAAAUAAUGACGUAAAAAAAUUCGGUAUUUCUGUUCAACCCAAUAAGAGAUUGAGAAUGUUGAGAUUGCAAAUGGAAGAUAUUGAGAAAGAAGCCAGAGAACUAGAAAUGACAAACUUUUCAGAACAUCAGAAACUCAGUUUAGAGUCGCCUGCUGUUUUAAAUAAAACCAAAAAGGAAACCAAAAAGAAAAGCAAAAAGAAAAGCAAAUCAAGUAAGUCAAAGGAAGAAAAUAAUCGUAAGAGGGCCAAUGCUAUUAAGAAACAGAAACUAUUAGAAUUACGCAGAGAUCUUGCGAUGAUUCAAGCAGAAACAAAUGAUGUUUCGAAGUUUAAUGUCGAUAAAAGAGUAAAUGAAUUAUUCAAAGAGAAAAAACACGAAGCUUUGAAUAGGUUACAAAUGCUAGAAAAAAAAUAUAAGAGUUUUGAAAUCGAUUUUGAUCCUAAUGACUUUAAACAAGCUCAGCUAGAUUCUAAUGCUUCUUACGAAUCAUUAGAUCCAAAUUUCGUAACUAAAAAGAUAACUGAUAUUGAUCGUAUAGCUGACGAGUUAGAUGCAUUUUCUGGUGAUGGAACUAGUUCUUAUAGUUCAUCAAGCCUAUCUGAUAGUGAAAAAAAUUACUAUGAGUCAAAUGCAGUGCCUACAAUAGGCCCACAAAAAGGUUUAAUAGAUGGUAGUUCAUUUUUAGAGAGUCUUUCUGAAAAAUAUGGAACCGCUCAAAAUACAGAAGGAACAAGUUUAAGUCCAUUAUCUCCUCAAAAUAGAAUUGCAAGUCUGGGAGAAAAAUCAUUUAUGAAUAGAUUCAAAAGGAAGCCUUCGUCUAUGCAAUUCUUAGAAGAGUUAUCCCAAAAAGUUGGAGGGGAAGCACUUGGUAAAGAUAAUAACGAAACAUCUGAUAUUAAUAACAUAUCAUCCGAAGAAGAUAAUAGUAGCAACUCAGAGAGUGAAUUGAAUAAUGAACCAGAAGUUGAAGCGAUAGAUGCAGACCUCACUGUUUCUGAGAGCAAAGGAGCAGGAGCUCCACCUCCUCCACCUCCACCUCCACCAGAAUUUCCUGCUUCUUUAUUACCAAACGCCACUGGAGGUAGCACUAUACCUGUACCACCACCACCACCUCCUCCUCCUCCUCCUCCAGCACUCCCUGCCUCCUUAUCACCAAAUGUCACAGAAGGUAGCUCUAUACCUCCUCCUCCACCUCCGCAGUUUAUGGGUCUAAAUAAGAUGUAUCGUUCUGGAGAUGGGUCUCAGAUAUUAAAUGAAUCACCAUCAUUAUACAGCAAAUAUCCACGUCCUCAAAAGAAAUUAAAGCAGUUGCAUUGGGAUAAAUUAGAUGAUUCAGAAGGGUCUAUUUGGUCAUCUGCGAUGGCAGAACAGUUUGCAGAUGAUUUAUAUGAAAAGGGUGUGUUACACAAUUUGGAGAAAGCUUUUGCAGCACGUGAAAUUAAAUCUCUAGCCAACAAGAAAAAGGAAGAUUUGGAUAAGAUAUCUUUUUUAUCCAGAGACAUAUCACAACAAUUUGGCAUCAAUUUACACAUGUUUGGAUCUUUAACAGUCGAUGAGUUGGUUAUAAAAAUUUUAAAAUGUAACCGUGACGUUAUGAACACACCUAGUGUAAUUGAAUUUCUAUCAAAGCCUGAAAUCACAGAUGUAUCUAUAAACUUGGCAAGAAAUUAUGCUCCUUAUAUUACAGAUUGGGAAGGCGUUAAACAUGUUGAAGAUGCUAAAGCACCUGAGAAAUCUGUUGACGGGCUACAAAGAGCUGACCAAAUUUAUGUUCAAUUAAUGGUAAAUUUACAGAGCUAUUGGCCAUCACGUAUGAGAGCUAUAAAAGUAAUUACAAGCUAUGAGAAAGAAUACACUGAACUGGUCACAAAAUUAAGAAGAAUAGAUUCUGCAGUUAGCGCUAUACAAAAGUCAGACAAUUUAACUAAUUUAUUUAAUGUUAUUCUUGCAGUGGGUAAUUAUAUGAAUGAUUCUUCCAAGCAGGCACAGGGUUUCAAAUUAAACACCCUGCAGAGAUUGACAUUUAUAAAGGAUUCUACUAAUAGCAUGACAUUUUUGAACUAUGUUGAGAAAAUUAUCAGGGAGAACUAUCCAGAAUUUAAUGGGUUCAUUGAAGAGUUGGAGCCUGUUUUAGACGUAGUUAAGAUUUCAGUAGAACAACUGGUUAAUGAUUGUAAUGAAUUUACACAGUCAAUUAUGAAUGUAGAAAGAUCCUUAGAAAUCGGUAAUUUGAGCGACUCCAGCAAAUUUCAUCCAUUAGAUAAAGUUAUCACAAAGGUAUUACCAGUUUUACCAGAGGCAACUAAAAAGAGUGACUUACUAACCGAUGAGGUUAAGUUAACAUUUAUGGAAUUCGAAGCAUUAAUGCAAAAGUUUGGUGAGGAUUCAGGGGAUAAGUUUGCUCAAAACUCUUUUUUCAAGAAGUUUGCUGAUUUCAUAAAUGAAUAUAAAAAGGCUCGUGCUCAAAACCUAAAAGCUGAAGAAGAAGUAAGAAAAUAUGAAAGGCAUAAACAAAUGGUUGAAGAACAACAACGUAAAGCCAAAGAACAGGAGAAGAAUUAUAUGGAAACUGGCGUGUCCGAUUCUGAAAGUGCUGAAGCUAAGGGUGAUAACCGUGGCCAUAUGGAUAAAUUAUUAGCACAGUUGAAAAAUGCUGGUCCAGCUAGAUCUGAUCCAUCUUCUGCUAGAAAGAGGGCUGUUAUGAGGAAGAAAUUGCUAAGUGAAAAAGACAGUACAUCGGUAAUCUUAGAUGACUUAAACGCAGGAGAUGGAUCUAUUAUUUAUUCUCCAACUACCGAUAAAGUUGUGGAUACGUCAUUGGGAGAAGACGAAAUGAUCUUAAAAUCACCUACCCCUAAAUCUAAAGAUAAUUUGGAAACUGAUAAUAAUAGUGAUAAGAGUAGAAAUGAUACGUUAACUGUAGAUGAUGUAGAACAAAAUACUGAUACAAAUGCGGAAACCGACAUUACAGACGACGGAAAUAGUAAUGGUGAUGGGGAGGAUGAGGUCAUUACAGAUCGAGCUAAAGCAUUAUUGAUGGAAUUAAGAGGAUCUCAAACCCCAAGCAAAAAGAACUCACAUUUAGACGAUCAAAGAGAGAAGCUGCGCUCUAGAAGAAACCGUAGAAGACAAACGUUUGGUGAAGAAUCGAACUCAACUCCAAGCAAUCGUUUAACGUUUGUGUCGGACGAAAACAGCCCAACUGCAACAGAAUUUGUCGAUGCCGAUGAAGAUACAUUACAGGAGAAUGUGCCUAAUACAGACACAUCAAGUACUCUAUCUAAAGAUGAUAGCGAGGAUACUGAAUCACAAUGA